AUGACCCUGGGGCUGCCACUACUGCUGCUGGUGUUGACGCUGCGAAGGGUGCAGGGGGGGGUAGGGCCCCCCCCUGGAUCCCCACCUGGCUCCCCAGAGCUCCCCUGUGGGGCUGCAGCACUGGAGGCAGUGCUGGGGCGCCUGCGGGAGCUGGAGGGAGAAGUGCGGGCGCUGCAGGGACAGUGCGGGGACAACGGGGGGCCCCAGGCCGGCACCGGGCGCACGGCAGCGCGGGGACUGUGCAGCACCCCUGAGGCAGGGGGCUGCGGGUGCGGGUGCCGGCUGGGGGAGGGCGGGGGGGGCCUCCCCUGCCCCGAGCCCCGAUGCCCCCUCGACUGCAGUGACCAGGGCCGCUGCCGGGCUGGCCGCUGCCACUGCUUCGCCGGCUUCACUGGGCCAUCCUGUGCUACACCUGCCUGCCCCCUCGGCCGUGGUGGGCCCCACUGCACCCUCGAGAUCCCCGCAGUGACACCACGCUUGGCUGCACGCAACCAGACGUCCUUCCGUGUGACCUGGCCUCGGCCGAGCAUGCCCGUGGAUGGCUACCAGGUGGCCCUCAUCCCCAUGGAGGAACCAGCAGCAAUGGCCACCCACGAACUGCCUGGCUCUGCUGUCACCUUCGAGGUGACAGGGCUGGUGCCUGGAAGCGCCUUUGAGCUCUUCAUCCAGGCCCAGCGGGACCAGCACCUUGGGAUGCCUGGCACCCUGCGCGUCCGCACCUUGAUUGCCCAGCCCCUGCCCACCCACAGGGGACCCCUGGGGUCCCCCACAUUCCUCGCAUCUCCAGUGGCCCCAGCAUCACCAUCAGCCCGAGGGUCUCCAGCAUCCCCGCGGUCCCCAGUGUCACCAGCGUCCCCAGGGUCACCAGCAUUCCCGAGGUCUCCAGUGUCACCAGUGUCCCCGGCAUCACCAGCUUCCCCUGAAUCUUCAUGGUCACCAGUGUCCCCAAGGUCCCCAGAGGCACCAGCAUCCCCAGUAUCCCCAAGGUCACCUGCAUUUCCACAGUCCCCAGCAUCACCACAGUCCCCCAUUUUACCUUCAUCUCCAAAGUCUCCGGUCUCCCCAGCAUCUCCCAUGUCCCCAGUGCUCCCAGGUGUUCCAUCUCUGCAUGACCUGGGGGCUAAGCUCUCGUCCUACAAUGGGUCCUUGCAGCAGCGCCUGGAGAGCCACCUCCGGGCCACGGCCUUCCCUCUCCGGGGCAACCAGACAGUGCCUGCAGUAGCCCGUGCCAUCCUCUCCUACCUGCUUCGCCGCAGCCCAGCCUCGCUGCGCCACCAGUUCCUCCGCCACCUCCAACAGAGUCCCCACCCCAAGCCCCAGCUUAUGCCAGGGGCUGCCGGAGAGGCCCUUGUGGACCUGGAUGGGCUGCAGGGCCACUCAGAGACUGUGGUGAUCCGCUACCGGCCCCUGGGGGAGCUGGAGGGGGCCGAGGGGGAACUGCGGGUGCCAGGGGACACAGCAGUGGCCCGGGUGCCAGGGCUGGUGCCAGGGGCCAUGUACCGGGUGGAGGUGCAUGGCGUGGUGCAGGGGCGCGUCUCCAAGUCCUACACAUCCCUGGUGACUGCAGGGGUAGGUGGCACCAGUGAGCCCCCGAUAGACUGGGAGCAUCUGUAUGAGAUGGAGCUGACUGAGCCUCAAGGUGCCAUGGCCAAAGCAGCCCCAUCAGAGGAGGAACCACAACAGCAGCCUCGCUUGGGCGAGCUCACGGCCUCCCAUGUGACACCCAACACUGUCCAGCUGGAAUGGAACGUCCUUGAAGGCACCUUUGACUCCUUCACGGUGCAGUACAGGGAUGCACAAGGCCAGCCACAGGCACUUGCUGUGGACGGUGGGUCCCGCACAGUGACUGUUCCUGGGCUGUUGCCUUCCCGCCGCUACAAGUUCAAUCUGUACGGGGUGUGGGGGCGGAAACGUAUUGGUCUUAUCUCCACUGAUGCCAUCACAGCCCCAGCACUCCCAAAGGAGGACCUGCCAUCCCAGCCACGCCUGGGUGAGCUCACAGCCUCCCACGUAACCCCCGACUCCAUCCAGCUGGAAUGGAGCGUCCCCAAGGGCACCUUUGACUCCUUCACAGUGCAGUACAAGGAUGCACAAGGCCAGCUGCAGGUGCUGCCUGUGGAUGGUGAUUCCCGCACAGUGACCGUGCCAGGGCUGUCACCAUCCCGCCGCUACAAGUUCAACCUGUAUGGGAUGUGGGGACAGAAACGUCUGGGCCCCAUCUCCACUGAUGCUGUCACAGUCAUACCAGAGGAGGAACCACCAUCUGAGCCACGCUUGGGUGACCUCACAGCCUCCCACGUCACCCCUGACUCCGUCCAGCUGGAAUGGAGCAUCCCUGAGGGCACCUUUGACUCCUUCGUGGUGCAGUACAGGGAUGAGCAAGACCAGCCACAGGUGCUGCCCGUGGAUGGAGAUUCCCGCACAGUGACCGUGCCAGGGCUGUCACCAUCCCGCCGGUACAAGUUCAACCUGUACGGGAUGUGGGGACGGAAACGUCUGGGCCCCAUCUCCACCGAUGCUGUCACAGCUGAAGUCAAGCUGAAAAAGAAACCACCAUCCGAGCCACGCUUGGGCGACCUCACAGCCUCCCACGUCACCCCCAGUUCUGUCCAGCUGGAAUGGAGCAUCCCAGAAGGCACCUUUGACUCUUUCACGGUGCAGUACAAGGAUGUGAAAGGCCUGCCACAGGUGCUGCCCGUGGAUGGUGGUUCCCGCACAGUGACCGUGCCAGGGCUGUCACCAUCCCGCCGCUACAAGUUCAACCUGUAUGGGAUGUGGGGGCGGAAACGUCUGGGCCCCAUCUCCACUGAUGCCAUCACAGGUGCAGUAGAGCAGGAAAAAGAACCACCAUCCGAGCCACGCCUGGACGACCUCACAGCCUCCCACAUCACCCCUGACUCAGUCCAGCUAGAAUGGAGUGUCCCUGAGGGUAACUUUGACUCCUUCACAGUGCAAUACAAGGAUGCACAAGGCCAGCCACAGGUGCUGCCUGUGGAUGGAGAUUCCCGCACAGUGACCGUGCCAGGGCUGUCACCAUCCCGCCGCUACAAGUUCAACCUGUAUGGGAUGUGGGGACGGAAACGUCUGGGCCCCAUCUCCACUGAUGCUGUCACAGUCCAGCUGGAAAAGGAACCACCAUCCGAACCAAACCUGGGUGACCUCACAGCCUCCCACAUCACCCCUGACUCAGUCCAGCUGGAAUGGAGCGUCCCCGAGGGCACCUUUGACUCCUUCGUGGUGCAGUACAAAGAUGCACAAGGCCAGCCACAGGUGCUGCCCGUGGAUGGUGGGUCCCGCACAGUGACCGUGCCAGGGCUGUCACCAUCCCGCCGCUACAAGUUCAACCUGUAUGGGAUGUGGGGACGGAAACGUCUGGGCCCCAUCUCCACUGAUGCUGUCACAGCUGCAGUCCAGCCAGAAAAGGAACCACCAGCUGAACCACACCUGGGGGAUCUCACAGCCUCCCACGUCACCCCUGACUCAAUCCAGCUGGAAUGGAGUGUCCCCGAGGGCACCUUUGACUCCUUCGUGGUGCAGUACAAGGAUGCACAAGGCCAGCCACAGGUGCUGCCUGUGGAUGGAGAUUCCCACACAGUGACCGUGCCAGGGCUGUCACCAUCCCGCCGCUACAAGUUCAACCUGUAUGGGAUGUGGGGACAGAAACGUCUGGGCCCCAUCUCCACUGAUGCUGUCACAGCCACAGUAGAGCCAGAAAAGGAACCACCAUCCGAGCCACGCCUGGACGACCUCACAGCCUCCCACAUCACCCCUGACUCAGUCCAGCUAGAAUGGAGUGUCCCCGAGGGCACCUUUGACUCCUUCACAGUGCAAUACAAGGAUUCACAAGGCCAGCCACAGGUGCUGCCUGUGGAUGGAGAUUCCCGCACAGUGACCGUGCCAGGGCUGUCACCAUCCCGCCGCUACAAGUUCAACCUGUAUGGGAUGUGGGGACGGAAACGUCUGGGCCCCAUCUCCACUGAUGCUGUCACAGUCCAGCCGGAAAAGGAACCACCAUCCGAGCCACGCUUGGGCGACCUCACAGCCUCCCAUGUCACCCCUGACUCCGUCCAGCUGGAAUGGAGUGUCGCUGAGGGUACCUUUGACUCCUUUACGGUGCAGUACAAGGAUGCACAAGGCCAGCCACAGGUGCUGCCUGUGGAUGGUGGAUCCCACACAGUGACCGUGCCAGGGCUGUCACCAUCCCGCCGCUACAAGUUCAACCUGUAUGGGAUGUGGGGGCGGAAACGUCUGGGCCCUGUCUCCACUGAUACUGUCACAGCUGCAGUCCAGCUGGAAAAGGAACCACCAUCCGAACCAAACCUGGGGGAGCUCACAGCCUCCCACAUCACCCCUGACUCAGUCCAGCUGGAAUGGAGCGUCCCCGAGGGCACCUUUGACUCCUUCGUGGUGCAGUACAAGGAUGCACAAGGCCAGCCACAGGUGCUGCCCGUGGAUGGUGGGUCCCGCACAGUGACCGUGCCAGGGCUGUCACCAUCCCGCCAGUAUAAGUUCAACCUGUAUGGGAUGUGGGGACGGAAACGUCUGGGCCCCAUCUCCACUGAUGCUGUCACAGCUGCAGUCGAGACCGAAAAGGAACCACCAUCUGAGCCACACCUGGGUGACCUUGUGGCCUCCCACAUCACUCCCAACUCCGUCCAGCUGGAAUGGAGCAUCCCCGAGGGCACCUUUGACUCCUUCGUGGUGCAGUACAAGGAUGCACAAGGCCAGCCACAGGUGCUGCCUGUGGACAGUGGUUCUCGCACAGUGACUGUGCCAGGGCUGUCACCAUCCCACCGCUACAAGUUCAACCUGUAUGGGAUGUGGGGGCAGAAACGUCUGGGCCCCAUCUCCACUGAUGCUGUCACAGCUGCAGUCAAUCUGGAAAAGCAACCACCAUCCAAGCCGCGCCUAGUUGAGCUCACAGCCUCCCACAUCACCUCUGACUCUGUUCAGUUGGAGUGGAGGCUGGAAUGGAGCAUCCCCGAGGGCACCUUUGACUCCUUUACGGUGCAGUACAAGGAUGCACAAGGCCAGCCACAGGUGCUGCCCGUGGACGGUGGUUCCCGCACAGUGACUGUGCCAGGGCUGUCGCCAUCCCGCCGCUACAAGUUCAACCUGUAUGGGAUGUGGGGGCAGAAACGUCUGGGCCCCAUCUCCACUGAUGCUGUCACAGUCGAGACAGAAAAGGAACCACCAUCUGAGCCAAACCUGGGUGACCUCACAGCCUCCCACAUCACCCCCAACUCUGUCCAGCUGGAAUGGAGCAUCCCUGAGGGCACCUUUGACUCCUUUGUGGUGCAGUACAAGGAUGCACAAGGCCAGCCACAGGUGCUGCCCGUGGAUGGUGGCUCCCGCACAGUGACUGUGCCAGGGCUGUCACCAUCCCGCCGCUACAAGUUCAACCUGUAUGGGAUGUGGGGGCGGAAACGUCUGGGCCCCAUCUCCACUGAUGCUGUCACAGGUGAGGUUGAGCCUGAAAAACAACCACCAUCCAUGCCACGCCUGGGUGAGCUGACAGCCUCCCACAUCACCCCUGACUCAGUCCAGCUGGAAUGGAGCAUCCCCGAGGGCACCUUUGACUCCUUCACAGUGCAGUACAAGGAUGCACAAGGCCAGCCACAGGUGCUGCCCGUGGAUGGUGGGUCCCGCACAGUGACUGUGCCAGGGCUGUCACCAUCCCGCCGCUACAAGUUCAACCUGUAUGGGAUGUGGGGGCGGAAACGUCUGGGCCCCAUCUCCACUGAUGCUGUCACAGCAGCAGUUGUGCUAGAAAAGGAACCACCACCCGAGCCACACCUGGGCGAGCUCAUAGCCUCCCAUGUCACCCCUGACUCAGUCCAGCUGGAAUGGAGUGUCCCUGAGGGCACCUUUGACUCCUUCACAGUGCAGUACAAGGAUGCACAAGGCCAGCCACAGGCACUGCCUGUGGAUGGAGGUUCCCGCACAGUGACUGUGCCAGGGCUGUCACCAUCUCACCGCUACAAAUUCAACCUGUAUGGGAUGUGGGGACGGAAACGUCUGGGCCCUGUCUCCACUGCUGCUGUCACAGUUGAGCCCGAAAAGGAACCACCACCCAAGCCACACCUGGGUGACCUCACAGCUUCCCACAUCACCCCCGACUCAGUCCAGCUGGAAUGGAGUGUUCCCGAGGGCACCUUUGACUCCUUUGUGGUGCAGUACAAGGAUGCACAAGGCCAGCCACAGGUGCUGCCUGUGGAUGGAGAUUCCCACACAGUGACCGUGCCAGGGCUGUCACCAUCCCGCCGCUACAAAUUCAACCUGUAUGGGAUGUGGGGGCGGAAACGUCUGGGCCCCAUCUCCACUGAUGCUGUCACAGUUGAGACAGAAAAGGAACCACCAUCCGAGCCACACCUGGGUGACCUCACAGCUUCCCACAUCACCCCUGACUCAGUCCAGCUAGAAUGGAGUGUCCCCGAGGGCACCUUUGACUCCUUCGUGGUGCAGUACAAGGAUGCACAAGGCCAGCCACAGGUGCUGCCCGUGGACGGUGGUUCCCGCACAGUGACUGUGCCAGGGCUGUCACCAUCCCACCGCUACAAGUUCAACCUGUAUGGGAUGUGGGGACGGAAACGUCUGGGUCCCAUCUCCACUGAUGCCAUCACAGCUGCAGUGGAGUCAGAAGAGGAACUGCCAUCAGAGCCACGACUGGGCGAGCUCACUGUGUCCCAUGUCACCCCUGACUCCAUCCAACUGGAAUGGAGCAUCCCCGAGGGUACCUUUGACUCCUUCAUGGUGCAGUACAAGGAUGCACAAGGCCAGCCACAGGUGCUGCCUAUGGACAGUGAAUCCCGCACAGUGACUGUGCCAGGGCUGUCACCAUCCCACCCUUACAAGUUCAACCUGUAUGGGAUGUGGGGGCAGAAACGUCUGGGCCCCAUCUCCAUUGAUGCUGUCACAGCCCCAAUUGCAGCAGAGGAGGAACCACCAUCCCAGCCCCAUCUUGGUGAGCUCACGGCCUCCCACGUCACUCCUGACUCAGUCCAGCUGGAAUGGAGCGUCCCCGAGGGUACCUUUGACUCCUUCACGGUGCAGUACAAGGAUGCACAAGGCCAGCCACAGGUGCUUCCCCUGGAUGGUGGCUCCCGCACAGUGACUGUGCCAGGGCUGUCACCAUCCCGCCGCUACAAGUUCAACCUGUAUGGGAUGUGGGGACGGAAACGUCUGGGCCCCAUCUCCACUGAUGCUGUGACAGCUGCAGUCAAGACAGAGGAGGAACCACCAUCCCAGCCACGCCUGGGCGAGCUCACGGUCUCCCACGUCACUCCCAGCUCUGUUCAGCUGGAGUGGAGUGUCCCUGAGGGCACCUUUGACUCUUUCACACUGCAGUACAGGGAUGUGCAAGGCCAGCCGCACGCACUACGUGUGGAUGGAGAUUCCCGCACAGUGACCGUGCCAGGGCUGUUGCCAUCUCACCGCUACAAGUUCAACCUGUAUGGGAUGUGGGGGCGGAAACGUCUGGGCCCCAUCUCCACUGAUGCUGUCACAGCCCCAAUUCCAACAGAGGAGGAACCACCAUCCCAGCCCCGUCUUGGCGAGCUUACAGCCUCCCACGUCACUCCUGACUCAGUCCAGCUGGAAUGGAGCGUCCCCGAGGGUACCUUUGACUCCUUCACAGUGCAGUACAAGGAUGCACAAGGCCAGCCACAGGUGCUGCCCGUGGAUGGUGGGUCCCACACAGUGACCGUGCCAGGGCUGUUGCCAUCCCGCCGCUACAAGUUCAACCUGUAUGGGAUGUGGGGCCGGAAACGUCUGGGCCCCAUCUCCACUGAUGCUGUGACAGGUGCCCCAGGGACCCUGUGGGUGGGGUCCCUGUGGCCCCGCAGUGCUCGUCUGCACUGGGCACCCCCCCAAGUCCCCCCUGAUGGCUACAUCCUUGUUUACGGCCCCCCCGGUGGCCCCCUGCAGACGCUGCAGCUGCCCCCUGAGGCAACAUCGAAGGAGCUGUGGGGCCUGGAGCCCAUGGGCCACUACUGGGUGCAGUUGCAGAGUCAGGGGCUGGAGCCGGCCCCCGUGCCCCUCGAGGCCACCUUCGACACCCGUGAGCUGGGCACGUGGCCCCUUGGUUGGGGACACCUGAUCCCCACAUUUGCACCCUGUCCCCCAGCGCCCCUACUCCAUCCAUACCCCCGGGAUUGCAUUGAGGAGCAGCUCAAUGGACCAAGGCCUUCACGCGAGGCCCUCAUCUUCCUCGGGGGUGACCGACAGCGGCCCCUGCGUGUCUUCUGCGACAUGGAGACCGAUGGCGGUGGCUGGCUGGUGUUCCAGCGACGCAUGAAUGGGGCCACUGAUUUCUGGCGGGGAUGGGAAGAGUACGCCCACGGCUUUGGCAAUGUCUCCCAGGAGUUCUGGCUUGGGAAUGAGGCGCUGCAUGCGCUGACGGCGGCUGGCCCCACGGAGCUGCGGGUGGACCUACGGACGCCGCUGGACGCCGCCUUUGCCCACUACCGUGACUUCGCCAUCGCUGGCCCUGAGGAGCACUACCGCCUCCACCUCGGCGCCUACAGCGGCACCGCCGGGGACGCAAUGUCCUACCACGCUGGCAGCCCCUUCUCAACACGGGACCGUGAUCCCCGGCGCCGCCCCCGGCCCUGCGCUGUCGCCUACACAGGGGCCUGGUGGUACCGCAACUGCCACUACGCCAACCUCAAUGGGCGCUAUGGUACCCCCUACGACCAUCAGGGCAUCAACUGGUUUCCCUGGAAAGGUUUCGAGUUCUCCAUCCCCUUCACGGAGAUGAAGCUGCGGCCACAGCAUGACUGA